AUGUUUUCUCUUCUAGUUAAUAUUCCUGCUAAUGCUAAAUGGAAACAGAACGGAGUGACUAUUGCUGGAGGUAACGGGAAUGGGGAUGCCACUAAUCAACUCGAAUGGCCUUUUGGUCUCUUCGUUGAUGAUGAUCAAACAGUGGUUAUUGCUGACACGUACAAUCAUCGUAUCAUGCAAUGGAAGAGCGGUGUUAGAACGAAUGGACAAGUUGUUGCUGGUGGUAAAGGGGAAGGAAAUGGAUUACAUCAAUUGAAUCAUCCAAGUGAUGUAUUAAUUGACAAAGAGACGGAUAGUCUCAUUAUUUGUGAUCGAGACAAUCGACGAGUUGUACGAUGGUCUCGUCGUAGUGAUACAACACAAGGUGGAAUACUCAUCAACAACAUCGGCUGUUGGGGAUUAGCUAUGGAUGAUCAGAGAUAUCUCUACGUCUCUGACAUCGGAAAAGAUGAAGUAAGACGAUAUCAAUUGGGUGAUAAGAAUGGCACUCUCGUAGCUGGCGGUAAUGGUACAGGUGAUGGUCUCAAUCAACUCAAAUACCCGACAUUUCUCUUUGUCGAUCGAGAUCAUUCAGUGUACGUAUCAGACAACGACAAUCAUCGUGUAAUGAAAUGGGUGGAAGGUGCAAAAGAAGGUAUUGUGGUUGCUGGAGGACAAGGCGCAGGAGAUUCUCUGACGCAAUUGUAUUAUCCUUAUGGAAUCUUCGUUGAUACGUUGGGUACACUCUAUGUAGCAGACCGGGGGAAUCAUCGUGUCAUGCGUUGGACUCAAGGAUACAAGAAACAGGGCACUGUGAUUGUGGGUGGAAAUGGCUAUGGAGCAGGAGCAAAUCAGUUCCAGUACCUCCGUGGUUUGUCUUUCGAUCGACAAGGUAAUCUCUAUGUCACCGAUCAGUGUAAUCAUCGUGUUCAACGAUUUUCUAUCGAAUAA